AUGGCCAAAUUCCAUGCCCGGUUGUAUAAAACCGACCGUGCGCGGGACUUUGACCACGAGCAGGAUCAAUAUGUUCGUAUGCGACAAAUCUAUGAGACUAUCGACCGACAGGGCUUUCAAUGGAUUGUUGUGCUGGUUGCUGGUCUUGGGUUCUUCCUUGAUGGUUACACUUUAUUCGCCAGUAACAUGGCCCUACCGAUGAUCUCCUAUGUCUACUGGAGAGAUGACACUUCCUCAUUACGACUCACAUGCAUCAAUAUCGCAACACUAGGUGGAACCCUGCUAGGCCAAGUAGCAUUUGGAUUUCUGGCCGAUAAAAAUGGGCGGAAGAAGAUGUACGGUGUUGAAUUGGUACUCCUCAUCACAGCCACCCUAGGUGUGGUCAUGUCCUCGACAGGCGUGGACGGCAGCAUGAACGUCUACGCAUGGCUUAUUUGGUGGAGGAUCUGUGUUGGUAUCGGAGUGGGUGCGGAUUAUCCACUCAGUGCAGUGAUCACGUCUGAAUUUGCCCCGACCAAGCAUCGAGCCCGUAUGAUGGCCACCGUCUUCUUCAUGCAGCCACUUGGUCAGAUUGCAGGUAAUAUUGUCGCACUGGUUGUGAUCGCAGUGGCUCGUGGUAAUAGCAGUCCGGGUGAAGACAUCACCCGCACUGUUGAUAUAAUGUGGCGCUGGGUGAUUGCCAUCGGAGUCGUGCCCGGUGCAGUCGCUACUCUUUUCCGCUUCGCCAUCCCAGAGAGCCCCCGCUAUCUAGUCGAUAUCGUGGACGAUCCCAUCACUGCGGAGUUUGAUGCAACCACGCUGUUCAGUGACACACCCGGUAUGAUUGAUUGUGUGAGCUGGGGAAACACCGCUACAUGCAGUGCCGGUGGGGCGAUUCAACUACCACCCAUUUCAUCUAUUGCUAGCAGUUCAAUCAUUGAUAAUGAUGACGAUGAUGAGUACACCCGCUUACCCCCCGCUACCCUCAACUCCCACUGGCGGUUGGCACGUACCGAUAUCGUACGAUACUUCUGGACAGAAGGAAACUGGCGCAGCCUGGCUGGUUGCUCUCUCGCAUGGCUCCUCCUUGAUUUUGGCUUCUACGGUAUUGGAUUGUCAAGCCCUCAAUUCUUAGCCAAGACAUGGGGCGCACUUCAUAUAUCUGAGGCAGCACCGACCUGGAUGACCGACGAUACACCAAAUGCCAAUGUCUUCCACAUGUUCUUGGAGACCUCUGUGCGCGGGCUGAUUGUGCUCAAUAUCGGAAGUUUCGUCGGCGGCAUAUUACUCAUUAUCUUUGCCCAUAAGCUGGAUCGUGUUGCAUUGCAAAAGUACAUGUUCCUUGCUCUGGCGGCUCUAUUUAUCGCGCUGGGAACCAUGUUCGUAAGUCUUUAUUCCGGCCCUACUGCGGUGGUAGCAUUGUAUAUUGUUGGACAAAUCAUGUUCAACUUUGGUGAGUCGAACUCAGGACCCCACGCAUCGAAACAUUCUAAUCAACUACCCACAGGCCCCAAUGCGACAACCUAUAUGAUUCCCGCCGAGAUCUUUCCAACUCGAUACCGCGCAACGUGUCACGGCAUCAGCGCCGGGGCGGGAAAACUGGGCUCUAUCCUUGUACAAAUCUUCUCAGCAUACUACCACUUUGGCUCAGGGCCGGGCAACAAAUCAACCCGCAAGCACGGCAUUGUUCUCCUCGUUUUCAGCGCCUGUAUGAUUCUUGGCGCGGUAGUUACGCACUUCUGGAUUCCACCUAUUCAACAAAAGCGGAAUGGCAAGACUAAACUCUGGGGCGGUAAGCCCGAGACUCUUGAAAGCUUGUCUCUUGGCCGAAUGGGACGCAAGAGUCGAGAUGCCAAUUGUCGGAAACGGACAUCACGACAUCGGGCACUUUCAAUGAGUGCUUAG